AUGGUCAAAACCUACAUUCCCCUCCCGAACUGGUCGACGGCACCGCCGCCAGACGGGCCGCUCCAUCUCGGCCACGUCCUGAAGUCCUUGAAGCCAGGCGACUUCACCGCGCCGAUGAACCGCAAGACCCGCGUGGACAUUGACGCCGAGGACCUGCAGCCCGUCGACGCCAAGAGUGGCUUCCGCAUGGCGCGCAAGGAGCUGCUGGGCGGCAACUUUGGCAUAUGGGCGCAGCUGGCGAGCGUGUUUGGCGUCGGCGUCGAGGGCGCGCUGACGUAUGAGCGCGGCGCCGACGACGUGCUGACGGUGGAAAAGCUGGAAACUAUGACGUUCAUCCCAACCGCCGCCUACGUCCAACAGACCCUCGCCUCCCCGCCCGUGCAGCUGUACUUGUCCAUGAGGGAGAGAGCCAGGUCCGUGUACUUGAUCACCGGCCUCAAGGUCGCACGCGGCGUGUCGCUGGAGAGCCAGCGGUCCUCGACCAAGGGCGCGAGACUCAAGCUCGCCUUCGCCCACCCGGGGCUGCCGGUCGAUGGCGGGCCGGAGGUGGGCGCUGUGCGCACGCGCGAGCAAGGGCUUUCGUUUGGGGCGUCGAGUGAUUUCAUCAUUGCCGCGCGCGUGGACAAGAUCACCGUCGACAAGAAGAGCGGUGGGGAGGCCAAGAGCGAGUUGUACUUCAGGGGGGCGACGAUGGAGGGCGUGGGAGAGAUGAGGGAAGAAGAGCGCCCGGCGUAUAGAGUCCAAGACGUAAGUCAAGACGAGCUCGCAGAGCUGUCUGCGGCUUUCCAUAGCAGGACACCACUUCGUCGUCGGGACGAUGGCAAUGACGGCCAAGAGACGUGGAUGGUUCCGGCGGGUUUGGAGGACUAG